AACCAGACAGCCAGAUGGUUUCCUCAACUUAUUCCCCUAUCAGCAUCGGACGGCUCAGAUUAUUCCAACGAAGUCAUCGGAAAAUAAAACAAAACCAUCGCCAAUAAUCUUCUUCGCCUGAGAGAGAGUCUAAUUAGGGUUGCUGAGAGCUUCGACCAAGAGAUGUGGCACGAAGCGAGACGAUCGGAGAAGAAGGUGCACGACAUGAUGGACGCCGCUCGGAAGCGAGCUCAGCGACGAGCCAUCUUCUUAGCCAAACGCCGCGGAGAUCCCAUCCAGUCCAUCCAAGCCGUUGGUUCCCGCUACAAAAUCUUCCGCGACGACGGUCUCUACCAAGCCACCGAGGAUCAGCAGGGCCUGAUACCUUGGAACGGGAAGCAGGAUGUUAUGAUUGAUAGAUUCGAUGGACGUGCUGUGCUUGAUUUUGUGCGUGAGGCUGGCUCGAGAAGCAUGCGGCCGCAUAAGAAGUCGGAGGAGGAGGAGGAAGUUGAGGAGUUUGUUAAUUUUGAGCGUUAUCGGGAUUUAAUUAAGCAUCGCCGUAGAGGAUUUUCUGAUGGAGAGGGUUUGCUACACGUCCAUCAAGAGCUUGAGGCUAAACUUGCUGCACCCUUCCUUGGAACAAGACCACAACAAGGGCAACCACCUGCAAACAAAGGCACGUAUUCACAGGUUGGGUUUUCAUAUGGUGGAAACGGGAAAGAGGCGUCGUUUGAUGCGGAGGAAGAUGAUGAGGAGGAGGAGGAUGAUGAGGAUGAUGAGGAAGGUUUUGACAGUAAUGACAGCGAAGACGAAGGAAUGGAAGCGAUUGCGAAACAGUUUGGCGUGAAGCGGUAUGGGUGGCUCGUUUAUAUGGACAAGAAAGCAAAGGAGGAGGAGAAAAGGCAGAAGGAACUUAUCAAAGGCGAUCCUUCAGUUAAGAAACUAAGUCGCAAGGAAAGAAGAAAGGUUUCUAGGAUAGAGAGGGAUAGAGAAAGAGAAACUUCAAGGAGUUUUGGAAGGCACAUGAUUCAGCAUGAUCCCUACAGGGAGACUCGAAGGAGUCCUACUUAUGAGGCUUAUCCGCGUUCAAGAAGAUCAAGAUCGAGAUCAUAUUCUCCGUCAUACUCAAGGAGGAAUGGUCAUGGAGACGACUCUGGCGAAAUCAGCAAGCCCAAAAUCGAGUAUAUUACAGAAUUUGGAGGCUCUGGAGACGUGGGAAGUCCAAAGUUUGGAGGAUAUUCCCCACCGCGGUCACCACCAUCUCAAACUGACCUAUUCACCCGACCAUCUUCAGGACAUAUUCUUGAGGCGCUGCAUGUCGAUCCUGCAUCUGGUGUAUCUCUUGAGAAAGACAAGAUUGUUAAACUACCUAAACCGUCAGUGAGUACUUCCUCGGCACUAGCGAAGCUUUCAAAAGCAGGUACCUCUUUGGGAGGAUCUUCGAAGCAGAAGCCAGCGGAGAAGAAAGAAACUCCGCAAGAACGACUGAAGAGAAUCAUGAACAAGCAGCUAACGCAACAGAUUAAGAAAGACACUGCAACGGAGACUGCUAAAAAGCGAGAACAAGAGAAGCAGAGGCUGGAGAAACUAGCGGAAACAAGCCGGUUGAGUCGGAGUAGAAAUCGCAGCCGUAGUAGGAGUUAUAGUCGAUCACCACCACCGAGGUUAAGGCACAGACGAAGCAGGAGUAGAAGCAGAAGCAGGAGCAGGAGAUCCCGCAGACAUGGUUCGAGAUCACUGUCUAGGUCCCCGUCUAGGUCACCAUCACGCUCUCCUAAACGCUCGCGCAGACGCUCUUCCUCGUAUUCAAGGUCUCCGAGGCGUAGAAGCAGGACAAGGCACUGAACUAAGAAGGAAUGAGAUAAAAGAGGGAACUCUUAUUGUUGAAGCCAAUAGACUAUAUGUUGCCUCUUUUCCUAUAUUUUUAUAUAUUUGUUAUUGUGUGUUUUCUUGUUUUCUUACUUUCUAUCCUGAAUAAAGUUCGACUGCGACAUUGUGUCA